CGGGGGUAACUGUCCAUAUGCAUGUUGGCAGCAGUUCAGUGGGUACCUCGGUGUCGCCGGAUGUACUCAAUGAAUAUCGCACGCAGAAUUCAACGUCCAGGAACGAACUCGACAAGAAGCCACUUCACGUCCGGAGAGAAAUGUCGGAUGCCGAUAAGAAGCUUCUGACAAUUUUUGAUCGUGGGCCUCGAGAGUCAGUACAUAAACGAAGCAGAUUGCUGGCUGGUUUCCCUCUUUACGCCCCUUACCUCUGCCCGUCGCUCUCUUCGCAAUGUCAGACCCACCCAAGGUUGAUCCGUUUGCGUCUCCCAAAGAUGGCGCUCAUGAAGAUAUCCAGGUCGUACCACCAACACCCGUCGUCGCCGGUGCAGCACCUUCUUUUCUUUCCCAGGCUCGAGACAAUAUUGCAUCGACGCUUGCAAAUGCAACUGCUUACGCUGUUCGACGUGAUUCUAGCGCUCUCUUUGGCAAUCACUCAAGGUCUUCAUCGUUUAUCGGGAGUUAUCCCAGCUCACCAACGAUGGGAGCUCAGUUCCCCAUAGGAACUCCAAAUGGGUCCAUGUACCGCUCAUCGUCUGCAAUGAUGACUGGGCUAGCCUCUGCCGCCACUUCUACUGGUGUCAAUUCGACCGCGCCACGGACUGCACCUCGUUUGCGGACAACUCUUUUACCUUUUCUUCUACGCCCGUCUUCAAUGACUUCAUUACCUCCUGCCCAAGUUAAAGCAUCAGACGGCUCGCUCGUUGAGAAACCUUGGCGUGAAGGUCCUUCCGCUGCGGAACUAUCCAAGACGCCAUUCAUGAAAAGGAUAUUCACUCGAAAACGAAUUUCUCGUAUGCUUCCACACCUUCUAGCACUCGUUGGUCUUGGACUAGGCGUUCUACAAUGUGUACUUACGUACAUUGAUGUCAGCACAGAGAGAAUGGACAGACAGCCGCUCUGUUUGGUGAUGGAAGAGGAUUUCAACGGUGGCGAAGAUGUUGUAUUUGGUUCUGGGCCGGGCGGUGAAGGCGGCAGCUUUUGGAGGGAAGUGAACAUGGAUGGAUUUGGGUAUGUUAUUGAUGCCCAUUUCGAACUAUGUUUCAUUGUUGAAGUUUUGCUUGAAGAAAUGGCGAAUUCGAGAUGACCACUGCUUCAUCCAAAAACUCGUACGUCAAGGACGGAAUUCUAUAUCUAGCACCAACACUAACGGCGGAGGAAAUUGGGAGCGAUAACGUUCUUGGUACGUGACGCUUGAUC